CGGCCCCAACCAUAUCAUAGUAGAGCACCCACACUUCCUCCUCCGCUUCUCCAUCGCACAUCUGCCCAAGCGCUCUGUCGGUGUCCUUCACUUCUCUGCCAUUUCUUUAAUCAGCGCGCAUCCCUUAGUUCGCUGACUCGACACGACUCCUCGAGGGAGCCCAUUCUUCUUCAGCAACACAACUCGACUGCCCGCUGCACGCAAACACCCGCACUGCGUCCGUCAACAACAGUCCGCCUUCGCCAGCACGAGCGUGCUCAACACCAGCCAUCAUGUCGCGCAAUGAAGCGGUGUCGCCGCUGCGCAUCAACAAGACACCUACUCCCUCGCCCACAAAGGGAAGCGGCCGUCCCUUGUCAGAAAUCAGCCCCCAUGAGCACCGCAGGAACUCUCCCAGCUGGAACCAGACAACAAAGAAGAUUAUCCUCACCAAGGAGAGCUCGCCAUUCCGCGACUCUUCGCCUUUUACUCACAGCCCGCGUCUCUUCUGGAAGGAGCAGACCACUUCGCCCAAGAGCCGCUUCGACACGUCGGAGAACGAGUACGAGGGCAGCUCGCCUCUCUCGCCCAAGCGCAACUCCAUUGAGAACCUGAAGAAGCAGUCGCGUGUCAAGAACAGCAGUAUGUUCGCGCGCGAGCAGAAACACGAGUACGAUCCCAGCUCGGUCCAACCACUCGACCGCCCACUCGCUGCAGGACGCCCUCUCAGCACCGCUAUCCAGGGCAACGCCUAUGGCGGCAAUGGCCUCCAGGGCCUGCGCAAUGAGAACGAGAGCCCCACAAAAGGUCACCACCACAGCCGGUCUGAGAGCCAAACACGGAUCCCCAUCCUGAGCCCGUCCAAGACGUCACCAGCAAAGCUUCCCACACAAUCUUCAUUCGCUUCACCAUCAAAGCCUUCUCCGUCUGAGGGCCGCAUGUCGCCGACCAAAUCUUCGCUUGUCAGCAACGGUCGCUUCAACUCGCCGCAGUACAAUGGUGACUCCAGCGCCAUCAUGUCAGAUGACGAAGAGCUCGUUCAUCAGACUCCCCGCCCACUGCGGCGUCAUGCUAAGAGUGUGACCUUCGACACAGCUCCACCCCAAAUUACAGAGUUUGAGUUGGUCACACCCGACCCUUCGGUCGCCACAAUGUCACGAGACGGCAGCUACGACUCCGAGGAGGAGACAGAAGAGGAGAUGAGCUUCGACCAGGAUGACAGCUUCGACGCUUCACUAGAAGACACCGAUAAGACUCCAGUUGUCCUGCCUGAGGACUGGCGCCACAUGAGCCCGCAAGCCGCAGACACUUCUCUGACCGAUCUCUACGAUGAUGUCUUUGACGGGCGUGAGAACAGUCCCAUGCCUUCAGCACGCCCAAAUGGCACGACCAACGGAUCGCGUGUCGGCUCAGUAGCGUCUGACAGCGAUGCUAGACCACUUCCUCCUCUUCCCGCCAUACAAGGUAGCCCCAACCGGCGGCGCGACUCCAGCAUUGGCCUUUCCGCUGCCGCAGAGCGAGUAGGCGACAGGCGGCGCUCCCUUCCUCAGCUUCCGCAAGCAGCUGGUAUCUCUAAGAGUGAUCUUCUCAACAUGCGCGAGGUGUCUAUGUCGCUUGAGGAUCGGUUGCGUUUGAUGAACUUCGACGACGAUCGUGAUACAAGCACACCAACUCAGGAGAUGCAAAACAAGAAGAAGGCUGUAGAGGUUGACGUUGCAGAAGUGGACGUUACAGAGUCGGAGCUAACGCUUGACGAGCCGAAGAUUCCGCGUAUCUCUCGCGAAUCCAUCCUCCGCCGUGUCAAGAGCCGCACCUUCGACGAGGGUGAGGACGACGAGCAGGAGGAAGAGGACGAGGAGUACAGCACAUUUGAGCCCGAGUACAGUCCUGAGCGCAGCUAUGGCGACCUUGCUGACUUGGACCCCGAUGUCCCCAUUCCGUCACGUGAGGCCUCCUCCAACUUCGACGAGCAUCCGCGUCAAGUCUCUGUCAGCGAGGCCGAUAGCGUCGUCGACGCUUACAGUUACCACAACGCAGACAGGGCAGAAGAUGACCAUACUGAGGAAAGUGAUGUAGAUGGCAGCUCGAUGUCUCAGCUUGAAGACUACGAACGCGAGUCCUCUGUCAUUCGGCAUCCAAUGCCUCAACACUCAGAUGACGAAGAUGAUACUAGCCAAUACUCGCCUCAACCUGACGAACCGUCCAUUGCGCAGAGCACCAUCGACUCUUCCGGCCCAUCAACGCCCGUUGCCGCUCCCUCUUCCCCUGUCUCGGCAGAGAAGCAGGUGCCACAGGACGAGAUGUACUCCACAUUCGAAGGCAAGGACGUGGACCUUAGCUUGGAUCCUCUGAAGGCGUCUAUGGCGACAGCACCAAGUCCAUUGGACUCAGCCCCUAAGCUAGAUGCCAUGCGCGACUUCCUACGACGACCUGUCACGCCUGAAGCUCCCGACAUGGACGAGGACCAGUCGGAGUCGGAGGACCCUGGUACUCCAGAUUCUGUCAUUCGUCACCCAAUGCCUGUCUCUCCGGCUCCUCAAGAGAACGCUCCAGAGGUUCCUCAACGGGAAGCCACCAUCCGAGGUGCAGGUGGAAAGUUGAAGACGCGGCCAUCGCUGAUUCCCGACGAUAUUGACAUGGCCGCUACACGCCGCCAGGUCAGUGGCCAGCAUGCUCCUCCUGUUCCUGAACGCAGUCCAAAGCGCCAAUCAAUGAGCCUCGAGCUUGGCAACGCCGACGACGAGAGCCAUGACGAAGACGAUACGCAAGUGAGCAUCACAACCAAGCAGAACCGCAUGUUGGACCUGCAGCUCGGUGACCUUAACCUUGGUGACGAUUCGACUGACCUCAGCUUCGGGCUGGACAAGGAGUUUGAUCACAUCAUUGAGUCACAAAAGAAAGGAUACUUGAUGCGCGAGAACACAAAGGUCGUUGUUGCGAGCAGUCGCCAAUUCAGCGACGAGAAGCCUCCUACUCCUACCGAGGCGACGAGCGAGGCAGCUGCCAAGCCUGUCUCUCGUAAGACGAGUGCCGAGCGCAAGCCUGCCUGGACAAAGGAGCCUUGGAAUGGUAAGCCUCGUAGGAAGAGCAUUCGAACGGCAUCUGGUCGUCGUACUCGCACCUCCGAGGGCCCAGCGCCACCUCUUCCUGGCCAAGAAUCCGCUGUCGCUGGCGGACUAGACUCUGUUGCUGAGCAGGGAGUUGACGGCGAGCCUGAAGAAGGUGAGGAGCGCGGCCUGGUUUUCGUCAAGGUUGUUGGCGUUAAGGACCUCGACCUUCCCCUGCCAAAGCAUGAGCGUACCCAUUUCCAGUUGACGCUGGAUAACGGCCUGCACUGCGUCACAACGUCUUGGCUAGAGCUUGGACAAUCUGCUCCCAUCGGGCAAGAGUUUGAGCUUGUCGUCAUGGAUGACCUUGAGUUCCAGCUUACACUGCAAACUAAGUUGCAGCCUCCAGCGGUGCCCCAGGUUGUCGCUGCGCCUACUGCUAAGGCUGUAAACCACAAGAAGUCACACUCUGCUUUCCGCAACCUCCUCUCAUCGCCAAAGAAGAGGAAAGAGCAGGAACGCAAGGCUCAGGAGGAGGCUGAUCGCAUCGCCCAACAGGAGCAUCAGGAAGCUCAAGCCGCUGCCAAGCGUAAUCAAAAGGCCACCGCAUGGGAUCUUCUCCACGACCUGGUCGGACCUGACGGCUCUUUUGCCCGUGCCUACGUUUGCCUCAACAACCACGAGAAUCAAGCUUAUGGUCGUCCAUUGACCGUUGAUAUUCCCUGCUUCAACGAGUGGGCUGUCGACAACACCGGCGCCAGCAGUGUCAAGAGCAAGCGUGGAGGUGUUGUUCGUCGUCCACCUUACCGGGUGGGUAAACUUACCCUUCAGCUUCUUUAUGUUCCCAAGCCCAAGAACGGAAAGGAUUCGGACAUGCCCAAGAGCAUGAACGCUGCUAUCCGUGAACUCAAGGAAGCUGAGCAAGUCAAGGACAUCAGCUUCGAAGGCACGUUGAGCCAGCAGGGUGGAGAUUGUCCGUACUGGCGACGCCGUUUCUUCCGCUUGGAAGGUACAAAGCUUACCGCUUACCACGAGUCUACACGGCAACCUCGUGCUACCAUCAACCUGGCCAAGGCCUCCAAGCUCAUUGACGACAAGAGCGCCCUUCAGCAGCCAUCUGCUACAAAGUCUGGUGGUCGUCGCAAGUCCGGAUUUGCUGAUGAUGAAGAAGGCUACAUGUUCGUAGAAGAAGGCUUCCGCAUUCGUUUCGCCAACGGUGAGGUCAUCGACUUUUACGCCGACAGCCGCGAACAAAAAGAGGCCUGGAUGAAGGUGCUCUAUGAGACUGUUGGCAAAGACAUUGCUCAGAACAAGGGCUGGGCUGCCAUGGUCCUUGAGAAGGAGCGCAAGGAGAAGGCUACGCGGUCACAGAUUGGCGCACCAAUCUCACCAACCAAGUCGCAUCCAGUGCCAAAUUCACCGAGCGUCAACCGCCGGCCUUCUCACGCACGCACCCAAUCUCACGACAUAUUAGGCUCCAUCAAGUCAACUCCGUCAAGUCCCGUCAAGGGGCACGCCCGCACACAGUCGCAUGCGCCUCCUCCACCUCUAAAGGAUGUUCGCAUGUCACACGCACCACCUCCACGACCGCGAACCCAGGAGUCAGGGAAGCCGGGACGUAGGGAGCAGGUUCGAUCGAUGAUUUUCUAGUCUUCCUUUUCAUCUUCAUCAUCGAUACCACUCAUCUACUUUCUUUGAAUCAUUCACUUACUUACUGGCCUUUCUUUGUGUUUUAGCUUCGCCAAUACUCUACUCUUUCGCACCGACUAAGAUUGGGGUUUUGGAGACGGCGACAGGGGAGGAGAAGUUUGAAGGGAUUGGGUGCUGCGCAUCCAUUUCCCGAGUUGAGCACGCCAAUCCGAUGAGCUUGGCAUUUGAGUACAUUCGCGCGGAGCCGCGGAAAAGUCGAGGGAGCGUUGCUGCUUUCGUUUCCUUGUAUCAUGUCUUAUCAUUGUUCUUGUUACUGUCUGGCGCAGGUCGGAGUUGUUCCAUUCCUGGAGUUGGAGGCUAUGGUCUUAUGAUACUCUGCAUAAUGAUUGAAGGAGCGAUGAAGUACAUGGGGUAUGAGUAGCAGUUGUAUACGGCGGAUGAGAAUAUAACAUGACU